AUGGCAGCCACGGAAGACGCUAGCCAGCUGAUGGGGGUCACAUUUGACUCCAAUGGAACGACCAAUCCAUACCCGGAGGCUAUUCUACAACAGUCAGGCAAGUCGAACAAGCUCUAUUCUUCGCUACAGGGCACCACCCCGCAAUUUAUCACCGCAGCACCCACCAUUCCAACGACACGAUGGCACGGCUCCCACUUGGAAGCAGCACAGCGACGGAUUCUAGAGAAAUGGCUAGGUCAAACUGCAGGGUUGAAACAGGCACAGCUGAGUGUUUACGCUGCUCCCAUUGGACGGGCGAACCGGCUCUUUGCAUGGGCAUCGAGUGACGCCUACGUCGAGUCAAAGCGACUACAGCUAAGGCUACAGCGGGGGAAGCGCAAAGAGCUGGAGCUGGAGGAUCUGUAA